GGAAGUUGAGUGAGACAGUCAGAGGGGGUUUCACGGUGCUGCGCGCAUUUGCUGCUGCGCUCAAAGUCAGUGUCAUAUACACAGGCGAUGCUGGAGCGCAGAGCCACGAGCGCACGGGACGGAACGGAACGGAACGCUGCUCCUUUACUCCAAAACAUGCACGUGUUUGAAACAGGAAGUCUGAACUAAGAGUCUACAUUAACCCGCUGUUUCCUGUGAUAUUUAUUAUGGAGUACUGGAGGCAAUGUGCAGUGUGGCUGAUCAGCUGCAAAGUGCUGCCGGUGAACCACCGGGUGACUGCGGACACGGCGCAGGUGUUCGACUUGGCGCAGACCCUGCGGGACGGGGUGCUGCUGUGUCAGCUGCUCAACAACCUGAGACCUCACACCAUCAACCUGAAGGAGAUAAACCUCCGGCCACAGAUGUCACAGUUCCUGUGCUUGAAGAACAUCCGCACGUUCCUGACAUCUUGCUGUGACGUGUUUGGGAUGAAGAAAAGUGACUUAUUUGAAGCGUUUGAUCUCUUUGACGUCCGGGACUUCGUCAAGGUUAUGGACACACUAUCGAAGCUGUCGUACACAACCAUUGCACAGCAAGCAGGAUUCAAACCAUUCCCAACAGAAGAGAGCCUAAAGGACGAGGACAUUUACAAUAAUCUGGAAGACUUGAUUGAUGAGAAUGUGCUUGAGGAUGAGGACGACUUGUACACAGCAGUCUAUGGGCUGGAAGAGGACGACACAGGUGGAGAGAUCUAUGAAGAUCUCAUGAGGACUGGACAGCAGCCCCCACAGAAGCAGGUGGAGUUAGAUGUACGAAGCUGCUGCCUCGCAGAGAUCAAACAGACGGAGGAGAAAUACACGGACACACUGGAGUCCAUCGAGAAGUAUUUUUUAAAUCCGCUGAAGAAGUUCUGCUCUGCUGCUGAAAUUGACAAAAUCUUUCUCAACAUUCCCGACCUGGUUCAAGUUCACAAGAGCCUAAUGGUUGAUGUGCAGGACUCCAUCUUGAACAAAAACGCUUCAAACCUCUAUCAGAUAUUCAUCAGUUACAAAGAGAGAUUGCUCAUCUAUGGGAUAUACUGCAGCCGUGUGGAGAUCGCCAUCGCUGUUUUAGACCUUGUUUGCAAAGAGAGAGAGGAUGUCCGACUUAAAUUGGAGGAGUGCUCCAAGAGGGCCAACAAUGGGAAGUUCACAUUGAGCGACCUGCUGGUCGUCCCAAUGCAGAGAGUCCUCAAGUAUCAUCUGCUUCUUCAGGAGCUGGUCAAACACACUCACGAUGCUGUUGAAAUAAGUAACCUGAAGAUCGCUCUGGAUGCCAUGAAGGACUUGGCUCAGUAUGUCAACGAGAUGAAGCGAGAUAAUGAGACACUGAGGGAGAUCGACCAGUACCAGAGGUCUAUCGAAAACUUGAAUCAACCUCUCAUCAGCUUUGGGCGUCCAAAAGGAGACGGAGAGGUGCGCGUGUUCUCCAGCAUUGACAGGAGGAAACUAGACAGACACAUCUUUUUAUUUGACGUGGCUGUCAUCAUUUGCAAGAGACGAGGAGACAACUAUGAGAUGAAGGACAUCCUCGACCUCAACUACUUCAGGGUCACGGACAACCCCACCUCUGACAGAGAGAGUAAAAAGUGGUGCUAUGGGUUCUAUGUGACUCACCAGCAGGGCUACACAGGCUAUGAGCUCUUUUUCAAGACCAGAGAGCUGAUGAAGAAGUGGCUGGAUCAGUUUGAAAUGGCCAUAUCAAAUAUCCGACCAGAAAAAGCAAACCACAACUCGCACCAGUUCAAGAUGCACACGUUUGAAAGGAUCACGUCCUGUAGCUUUUGUCAACUCUUGCUCAGGGGCAUCUUUAAUCAGGGUUAUCUCUGUGUGAAAUGUGGUAUGGGGGCUCACAAGGAGUGUUUGGGUCGACUGGGAGUGUGUGGCAGAACAGAUUCUGCCAGGUCAAGAACAAAGGAAAACACAACACCACCAGAUCCAGGUUUACCCAGGAUGGUUGUGAUCAGAGACUACACUGGCGUCCCCCACCCACAGAAUGGGCCCCCACUCAGCAUUCAUGUGGGGGAGGUCAUCGAAGUGAUGUUUGCAGACCUGCACAGCUCCUGGUGGCAGGGCAAAAUUCUGGGGACGAGCAAGAUUGGCUUCUUUCCAAGUGAUGCUGUGAGGCCUUGCCCAUGUGUUCCAAAACCUGUGGAUUACUCUGCCCAGCUCUGGUUUGCUGGACCGAUGGAAAGAUACCAGGCUGAGGUGGAACUUCUGGACCGAGAAAACAGCACCUAUCUAGUUCGACACAGAAGUAAAGAGAGCACGGAGUAUGCCAUAAGUAUAAAGUUCAACGAUAAAAUCAGGCACAUUAAGAUUCAGACCAAGGAUGGCUGCUUUUACAUCGCUGAGAGUCGGCUGUUCAAGACGCUGCUGGACUUGGUGGAGUAUUACAAGCAGCACUCACUGAAGGAAGGUUUCAGCAGUCUUGACACCACUCUCCAGGUCCCCUACAGGGAACUGACCAAUGGAACCAUGCCAAUGGCCAUUACCAAAGCUGGCAGUGUUCCUCCUGGCAGCUGCAGCUUUGUUCCUCCCUCCUCCUCGCCUUUCUGGUCAGUGUUUUCCCCCAGGGUGGUGGGUGUUGCGGUGGCGCGCUAUGACUUCUGCUCCAGAGACACUCGAGAGCUCUCGCUGCUGCAGGGAGACAUUAUCAAGAUCUACACCAAGAUGUCCAGUGGGUGGUGGAAGGGAGAGGUCGGCGGCAAGGUAGGCUGGUUUCCCUCCACAUAUGUGGAAGAAGAGGACUGACUUUUCUUGCUCAGAGACUUAUUUUCAGCGUGUCACUCAGAGUUGACCACCUCCACUGAGCGCCACGCUGCUCAUCCACUCCCUGUGCCCCACCAGUCAGAUCUCUUCAGUAAAACCCGGAGUCUCUGACUUGAGAGAAAGAGGCAGUGACCUCAAAAAAGCCCUCUGCUGCCCUCUGACAGACUCUCACACAGAGCCAGACGUCAAAAUCACGGAUUCCACAAGCGUCACACUGUAUCUGGCAUCUCUGUGGUGUCUGCCCCCGUGGUCCACUGGGGAAGUGAAUGUGCUGCACAGAGAUAACCCUUCCUUCCCACCAUCCAUUCACCUUGUCUUAUUAUUGAUGACUCCAUUGGCUUGGUGUGAGACCUGCCUUCACUGUCAUCAUGUUUUUGAUACCAGGCUGGAACACAGAUCCUGCUGGCCAGGUACUCUGAAGAGCUCUGACGUUAGUGUUCCACUUUCUAUCAAAGACAUUUCAAAUGACUACGCUGACGCACACGAGGUGUUUAUUUCAAUGGAAUUUGCCGGACUGUGAUCUGACAUCGUCGAUUGAAAGAUUUCAGCGCAGCAGCAUGAAGGAUUCAUCUGUCUUUUUGCAAACGUGAUGAUUAUAAUGACUAUUAUCAGAGCAGAGGCUUUUCGUUCUAUCCUAUUGUAAUUUCAUUUGCAUUCAUUUAAAUCCCCGCACCCUCCUGAGCCAUGAGAAUGGUGUAAAAAGCAUAAUCAGGUUUGCCAUAUGCUAAGAUAAUCAGUCGACUACUGUUUAUGUAAAGAUUGCCGGUGCAGCUUCACGUCCUCUCACUGUGCAAAAAAAUGUGGACAAAGUAUCCUGUAUGUGGGUUAUGACAGGUCAGAGGUCAGUCUCAGCUGUCAAUCAUGACAUUUCACUUUGUUUUUAUAGCUUUAAAUAACUCAUCCAAACAUUAAAACUUGAACAUUUACUGAA